AUGAGUAUGUCAGAUUCAGUGGUAGCGAAAAGCAAGAGCUUCGAGAAUGUCAGUGAAUCCGGAAAAGUCUUUAGCUUGGGUAGUUCGUGGAGCAACAUUGUAGCAGGAUUCCCAGCAUCUCCGUCAGAGUACUGUACUGCGAGGAGAAGCGAUCAGAGCUAUGUCCAUGGAAGCUCUUUGACACUCCCCACCAUUUCUCUUAGCCCCAACAAAUCUCACAAACCAUUGCCCCAAAUAGCUAAAACCAGAUUUCCCAUUGGCGUACAUAGCCACUUCAACCUUUCCUUAUCCAAUUCUUGUAUUUCUUCAUCUAAAACUCCAAUAACAGCUUCUUCCUCUGUUUCUUCUUCUUCCUCUUCUUCUUCAACAACAAGAAGAAGAAGGAUUAAUGACGGCCACUGGAUGGUGCUAAUGGCUAAGCCCCCAGAAGGUGUCAAAUCCAAGCCCCAAAUCAUUGAUUACUACGUCAACACUCUUGAAACAGUUUUGGGGUCCAAAAAAGAUGCUCAGAUGUGUAUAUACGACGCUUCUUGUGAUACCCACUUUGGGUUUUGCUGCCAUAUUGACGAACAAGCCUCCCGUGAACUUGCUCGUUUACCUGAGGUUUUAUUGGUUAAGCCAGACCCAGAUUACAAUUCUAAGCAAAAAGAUUACAAUUCACAGUUGUUUCCUGCUGGGAACACCAAACACUGGCUUGUUCGAAUGGAUAAGCCUGGAAUUGGGGUUGUCACAAAGGCACAAAUGGUUGAUUAUUAUACACAAAUACUCACCAAAGUGUUGGGAAAUGAGAUGGAUGCUCAAAUGUGCAUAUACCAUGUAUCUUGGCAAUCCCAGUUUGGUUUCUGUUGUGAACUCGGCGAAGAAUGCGCGAACGAACUAGCCGGCGUGCCUGGAGUUUUAUCUGUUGAGCUAGAUAGGAAUUUUGUGUCGGAGAACAAAGACUAUGGAGGUAGUACUUCGCAAAAUUCUACGAGUCUGCCAGAGGCUUCAGAAGCUAGUGAAACAACCUCCAUAAGAACUAAGAAACUUUUCAUAACAGGCCUGUCAUUUUACACAUCUGAGAAGACAUUGCGUUCACAUUUUGAAGGUUUCGGUGAGCUUGUUGAAGUUAAAAUCAUAACGGACAAGAUCUCUAAAAGAUCUAAAGGGUAUGCAUUUGUGGAAUACAACACAGAGGAGGCCGCGAGUGCUGCACUUAAGGAGAUGAAUGGCAAGAUCAUUAAUGGGUGGAUGAUAGUUGUCGAUGUUGCCAAGACUAAACCACCGCACAGCUUCAGCAAAGGUCGACCAAGAACGACAGUCUGACCAGAAAGAAAAGAAAGUUGAAGCAAAUGCCCCUUUUCAGCAUCGACGACAAUUUUGCAGGACUGCCAGAAUUUGGUACAUCAAAAUUACUAGAAACUAUACACAUAUAUGCCUAUCUUUUGUUCCAAUUCAUU